AUGGCGCCACGACGUGCUCGGUCAAUAACGGGAGAUAACAGCGUGCCCAACCAUGACCCCCGUGCUGAUGGACUUAAGGAGUUCCAAGAAGAGAUGCGGAACGAGUUGAGGAACGAGCUGCGUGUGUUCCAAGAGGCGAUGAUACAAACUCUGAGGGCGCACAUUCCAGCCCAACCCCCAGUAAGAGAUCAAGGGCCAAUGGCGGAGGACUUACCACCUCCUCCACCUGCACCAGCCACAGCGGGAGACUACUUGCCGAUCAUUCGAGAGUUGCGGUCUAUGCACACCCCACGAUUUGAGGGAUCGCUGGAUCCCGAGGUCGCAGAAGAAUGGCUGACACAAAUUACACAGGACUUGGAGUAUGUCCAAUGUCCUCUGCGCUAUCGCGCCACGAUAGCGAGCCAUCAUUUGUCCGGACCAGCUCGUCACUGGUGGAGGAAGGUGACCGAGGAGAUGCCAGCUGGACAUCACUUCUCCUGGGAAGAGUUCAAGGAGGAGUUUGAACGGAAGUACUACCGACGACAUGAUCAGGAACGGAGCCUCUCCGCUUUUCUGAACCUACAGCAAGGUGACAUGACCAUACGAGCGUAUGAAGCAGAAUUUAUCCCUAUGCUCAACUAUGCAUCACACCUAGUACCCCAUGAGUAUAUGAAGAUCCAGAAGUUCAUUGCUGGCUUACGACCAUCGCUCCGCAGAAAGGUCGUACUUCACGAGUUCCGGACACUAGGCCACUGCAUCGAUCAACUAGAGAAAGCAGAAGAGGCAGAGAAGGAAGAGAAGGAGGAGAGGAUCCGAGAUCGGAGCCCUCCCAGACGCUACACCCACACCCGACCUCCAGUGAAAGUCGCACAAUCUAGUCAGGGCAACGAGGCGCAACAAAAAGUGAAGGCACCAUCUGUUCGUGCACCACCUCCACCUGUUCGAGGACCGCUGACCUGCUUCCGAUGCCAACAACCCGGACACUUUGCAGCCAAUUGCACGGCGAACAUAGAGGCAUUGCCAGCUACUAGACCACCACGACCACCACCGAGGGCCGGAGCAGCCCCGAGGGUGUAUGCCCUUGCAUCUGAGAUGGAGAUACAAGAGGAGGAGACUGAUUCCGAAGCAGAGGAAGCUGUUGCUAUUGCAGGUACCCUUCAUCUUUGCGAUGUAGAGUGCUAUACGUUAUUUGAUACUGGAGCUACUCACAGUUUCUUGAGCUUGGAAAAUGCUAAGAAACUAGACAUGGAACGAACAGAUCUAGGGAGCGACUUCACAGUUCGCACACCAUCAGGAGAGAUACUUCCAAUAAUGGGACAUUACGAGGAGUAUCGCUAG